AUGGCAAACAGAAAUGCCAGUGUGAUAACUGAAUUCAUCCUCCUGGGGCUGACUGAUAACCCUGAGCUGAACAUCAUCCUUUUUGUGCUGUUUCUUGUUAUUUAUCUUGUGACUGUGGUGGGCAACAUUUGGAUCAUCACAAUAAUUCUGGCUAGUGCUCAGCUUCAUUCUCCCAAGUACUUUUUUCUUAGCCAGUUAGCUUUCUUGGAUUUCUGCUAUUCUUCAGUCUUUAUUCCUAAAAUGCUAGAGAACUACGUAACAGGACAGAGAGUCAUCUCCUAUCAUGGCUGCCUCCUUCAGUAUUCCUUUGUCAGCAUGUUCCUGACGACUGAAUGCUUCCUGCUGGCUGCCAUGGCAUAUGAUCGGUAUCUGGCUAUCUGCCACCCCCUUCACUACAGAAGUCUCAUGACCCCCAUGCUCUGCACCUACCUGGUGACCGCAUCCUACCUGCUAGGUUGUGCCAACUCACUCACCCACCUGAGCAGCUUGCUCAGUCUGUCCUUCUGUGGGCCCAAUGUCAUCAACCAUUACUUCUGUGAUAUCCCAUUGCUCUUUCAACUCUCCUGUUCUGACACCCAGCAUAAUAAGUUAUUAUUUACUGUCCUCUCUGGAACAACAUCAGUGACUACCUUUUUGGUAGUGGUUAGCUCUUACCUGGGAAUCCUUCUCUCUGUCCUAAAGAUACACUCUACCAGGGGCAAAUAUAAAGCCUUCUCCACAUGUGCCUCUCACCUAACAGUAGUGACUCUCUUCUAUGGAACAGUGAUAUUUACUUAUCUGGACACCAGUUCUAGCUACACACAGGACAGAGCCAAAAUUCUGUCUAUGUUUUAUACACUUUUUCUGCCAAUACUAAACUUUUUGAUAUAUAGUGUGAGAAACAGAAAAGCCAAAGAAGCCAUGAAAAGAAUUAUCAUGAGAAAAAUACUUGCUCAGUGA